AUGGCUACUAAAGGACAAAACGAUUCAGAGGAUUCUGGUUUUAUGUCAGUAACUUCACCACAAACACCCGAGAAAAAUACUUAUUACAGUACAGCAAGUGAAGAAGCAAAUAAGGAAACUGAUGAGUUAAUCGCAAUAAAAACCAAGAAUAGAAAUCUCUCCGAAAAGAUUAAAACCUUGCGGCAGAAAAUAAACGAACAGAUGACUGAUUUCAAUGCUGAAAAGAUGAACCUGAUCCGAAAUCAUAAAAGGGUAAAUGACCAUUUUAAAAAGAUACACGAAAAAACGUUAGCACGUAUGUCUACGAAAUCACUGGACAUUCUUUCACUAGAGGAUGAGAUUAAAAGAAUGAAAUUUACUAUAGAAUCACUAAGGAAAAUUGAAAAGGAAUUGCGAGAUAAAAUAGAACAGUCAAGAAAAGACAGUAAAUACAGGACUGAAUAUGAGAAGCUUAAACGCGAAAUGUCAGCUUCCAAAGAAGAACUUAGGAGACUUGCAAAACAAAUUGUAGUACUAGAAAAAAAAGUAGCUGAAAAAGAUAAAGAAAUAAGCACAGCCACAAAUAGAAAUGUAGAUUUAUCUUCAGAAAUAGAGAGUCUUGCUAAAAAAGAUGAUAUGGAAGCAAUGGAAAAUAAAUUAGUUGACAAGAUGGAAGCAAUGGAGAAAAAUAUGAUUGAGAAUAUGCAAAAGCUUUUUGCCCAACAAAUGCAGAGUCAAAAGAAAGAGACUGAGACAAGACAACAAUCCGAACAAAAUAAGCUUCCACUCCCUCCUAUUGCUGGACCAACGCCUCAAAAUUCUAUGUAUAAAGAGAGACCUGAUUGGAAGCCAUAUUAA